AUGCGAGGCGAACUUCGUGACCCGACUGGUACUGGCGCUGGGGUCUGGGCUGAAGUCAAGAUCGACAAAAUGCUACACUUUAAUCUGAAUUCGUCUCAAUCUGACGAUGGCCUCAUCCGAGCCCAACUGACUGUCAAGAAUAACUCGCGUCGAACGCUGUCCGGAGGAGUCAACGCCAAGAUCUGCCGGAAGCUCGUCUUGCCACAGGACACAACAUCUUCAACCGAUCCCUCACGAAUCCAAGUCGUUCGUAAUUGCACCUUUCGAGGGAUCGAUUACGAGUUUCCGUCAGCCUCAGGCCAGGCCAAGACGGUCAAGCUCGUCUGUCAACUGCCUAGCCCUACUGAAGAUGACAUCAACCAUGCAGACCACAAUUCGGCAUGCAUCAGUGUCAGAGGCGUCAAACUUUUUUCAGUAGAUAUGUUCUUGAGGGUCGAACUGGAGCUAGGCGCAUUAUCUAAUGAUCUCAUCGUCGAUCUUCCCCUCUACGUCACACAUGCAUCCUCACUUCCCAAGGAACUUCUUAUUCGCAAUGCCCCUAUGACCAUUGAACACGUGCCUUCUACUAACGCCAUGUCGAUCACUCAUCUCACAAAACCUGAUUCUUCAUCUGGACGAGUCAGCCGCAACACCUCCCGCUCGUCCUCUCCCCACCCCCCAUCCUUGCAACCUGGGUAA